AUGACUGUACAUUAUCUAGGACAACAUUAAGUACCAACUGAAUGCAGGCACCGCUGGGGAUAUAACUCAGAAAGCUUUGCCAUGAUUCUGCUCUUAAGCAGGUUAGCUGACUGACUUCCAGAUUCAACUCUGUUAAAGUCUUGAAGCAGAGCUCCAAGGGGAGCCAAAGAGGUGGGUCGACAGAAUUUCCAGCGGAUGGUUUAGGAGCUCCCUUGCCUUGGUGUGAAGUGAAGAUCCCUGAGCCACCCUGAGAGUGUUGGAACACAGUGCCGUCAUCCAGGAAUCAAAGGGAGCCCCGUCCUGGUGCUCCGGCGACUGCAAAUAAUCCUUUAUCCAACGAGCAGCAUUGGUGGUCCUAGAAAAUUACUACAAAGAUUUCACCAUCUAUAACCCAAACCUCCUAACAGCCUCCAAAUUCCGAGCAGCCAAGCACAUGGCUGGGCUGAAAGUCUACAAUGUAGAUGGCCCCAGUAACAAUGCCACUGGCCAGUCCCGGGCCAUGAUUGCUGCAGCUGCUCGGCGCAGGGACUCAAGCCACAAUGAGCUGUAUUACGAAGAGGCUGAACACGAACGGCGAGUAAAGAAGCGGAAAGCAAGGCUGGUGGUUGCAGUGGAAGAGGCCUUCAUCCACAUUCAGCGUCUGCAGGUCGAGGAGCAGCAGAAAGCCCCAGGGGAGGUGAUGGACCCUAGGGAGGCCGCCCAGGCCAUUUUCCCCUCCAUGGCCAGGGCUCUCCAGAAGUACCUGCGCACCACCCGGCAGCAGCACUACCACAGCAUGGAGAGCAUCCUGCAGCACCUGGCCUUCUGCAUCACCAACGGCAUGACCCCCAAGGUGCGCUGCUCUGGGCGGGCUCUGCCACCGUCAUCUUGGCUUGUCACUGAGCUUGGCCAGUUGAAUUUUAGCGUGUUACUAGAAGUGAUAAAAUCGAAAGGCUUCUCUAAAACGUCAAGUAAUAAGAAUUAGUGAUUCUCACUUACUUUAUGCUAUGUUAGUACAAUUGUUUUUUUAAAUAUGCCUUUCGAAGGCCUCUGGAUUCUAACAGAGGAGAGAAUUUCACUUGCAGACAGUACGGAAUAGUGAUUGGAGACAGUACAGAAUAGUGAUUAGGGGUGCAUUAUGGACUCUGGAGCUGAACUGAUUCAUUCUAACCUGGCUUCUCCACCAACUAGAUGCAUAACCUUGGGCACAUGGCAAUAGCUCUGUGCCUCAGUUUCCUAACCUGUUAAUUGGUUAGGAUAAUACUAGUAACUAUCUCAUUUGUAUGUUUUGGGAACUGAAAGAGUUAAUUCAUGUGAAGGGCUUGAAACGGUACCUGUCAUAUGAUGAGGAUGGACUAAAUAGUUAUUGUUAUUAUUGGUAAAAAAUAGAAUGGCAUGAACCCAGGAGGCGGAGCUUGCAGUGAGCCAAGAUCGUACCACUGCACUUCAGCCUUCAGCCUGAGCAACAGAGUGAGACUCCAUCUAAAAAAAAAAAAAAAAGCCAUCAGGCAUUUUGGGCAUUACA